AUUACAUCUCAGAAGCCCAAAGUUAAAAGAAAGAAACCCUAAAAUUCCUAACAGCCACCACAUUUUCAUCAGCCGCAAAGUAUUCCUGCCACAGUAAUCAAGCUGUUGCUUGACAUGAAUUCGCCGCCGCAGCACCAGAUCAUACCGCCUUCUCCACCGGUUGUGACACACGCCAGGCUCAGGAACGCCCAAUAGAAACUGAGUAACCGAAGAGGGAGUGAUUACCAAGGUAAUCUGAACACCCUCUUUUGAGAUAACAAAAAUUCGCCAACGGGUGAAAGUUUGUUUAGAGGUGGUGGAGCAGGGAGUAGAUCUGAAAGCUAAAUCGGUCAAACCUGCCAAACAAGAACAAUAACAAAGGAGGAGGAAAAUCUGUGCAAAAAAGCUUAUGAAACGUUGAUUUGAGAUAGGAUUUGGGUUGUGAUGAUGGAGUGAAGAGGUGGAGAGGUGAUGGGGUUGAUGAGAGUGAGAGCUCGCCCAGUCAUGAGGGAGCUCAUGAUGGCAGCAUAUGAUGGGUAGGUGGAGAAUAUGAAGGAAAAAGAGGUAAGAGAAAGAGGAGGAAAAUGAAGGGAAGGGGCAGAUCUGGUCAAGAAAGAGGCUGGGUGGAUGGAGUGGAGAUGGAGGUAAAAGUAAUGGUGGGGUGGGUGGUGGAAACGGAGGGGAAGGUGAGACUCUCAAAAUGAUGGCUGAUCUGAGAAAAUUUCUAGAGAGAAGGAGGAGCCUCUCUCUCACAGUUUUAGUCUUGGACCCCUGGUCUCAAAUACCCGGCAGCUCAGACGACUUCCACACAUCCUUAAAAAGCUUUGCAAUGGCCAGUGCCCAAUGCUAAUCUCCAAUCCCUCAAAGCUUCCCCCAAUCUCUUCUCUCACCCAUCUUCUUCGAACUCUCUCAUCCAUUGCUGUUCCAUCUCACAACCACAUAUCACAUCUUCUACUCGAACAAAAAUCAGCCACCCAGGUCCUCGACACCUUCCAAUGGGCCUCCAAACUCCCCAGCUUCACCCACUCCCCGUCCACUCACCGAGCCCUCAUCCACAAGCUCUGCACCUUUCGCCGCUUCGACAUUGCCCACCAAGUGCUCGACGAAAUGCCCCACUCAAUCGGCCUCCCCCCAGAUGACCACAUUUUCGUCACACUCAUUCACGGCCUCGGCCGAGCCCAUUUGGUGAAGCAAGUGAUCAAGGUGCUUGACUUGGUUCGCAGGUAUAACCAGAAACCUUCUCUCAAGAUAUUCAAUUCGAUUCUUGAUGUUCUUGUGAAGGAGGAUAUAGAUAUAGCUAGGGAGUUUUAUAGGAAGAAGAUGAUGGCAAGUGGCGUCAAGGGUGAUGAUUAUACUUUUGGUAUCUUGAUGAAAGGUCUUUGUUUGACGAAUCGGAUUGGUGAUGGGUUUAAGCUUUUGCAGGCUAUUAAGUCGAGAGGAGUUGCGCCGAAUACUGUGGUUUAUAACACAUUGCUGCAUGCACUUUGCAGGAAUGGGAAAGUUGGGAGAGCCAGAAGCUUGAUGAAUGAGAUGGAAGACCCCAAUGAUGUGACUUUUAAUAUUUUGAUAUCUGGUUAUUGUGGAGAAGAGAAUUUGGUGCAAGCGCUUGUUAUGUUAGACAAGUGCUUUGGUCUGGGGUAUGUGCCUGAUGUUGUCACGACAACCAAGGUGUUGGAAAUUCUGUGCAAUGAUGGUCGGGUAAUGGAGGCUGUCAAGGUUAUAGAGAGAGUGGAGAGCAAUGGAGGGUUGGUUGACGUUGUGGCAUAUAAUACGAUUAAGGGUUACUGUCGAUUAGGGAAAGCAAAACUGGGUCUUCGCAUUUUGAAGGAGAUAGAGAGGAAAGGGUGUCUUCCAAAUGUUGAUACCUACAAUGUCGUGAUCUCAGGUUUUUGUGAGUCUGGGAUGUUGGAUAAAGCUCUUGAUCUGUUUAAUGAUAUGAAAACAGAUGGCAUCAAUUGGAAUUUUGCUGCAUAUGAUACGUUAAUAAGAGGCUUGUGUUCAGGAGGAAGAACUGAAGAUGGGUUAAAAAUUUUGGAUUUGAUGAAUGAGAGCAAAGAUGGUUGUAGGGGUCAAAUAGGUCCUUUUAAUAGUGUCUUGUAUGGCAUGUAUAAGGAAAAACGUUUGGACGAAGCACUUGAGUUUCUUGCCAAUAUGGGUAAACUAUUUCCCAGAGCUGUUAAUAGGAGCUUUAGGAUUUUAGGUUUCUGUGAGGAGGGUGCCACUGAGAAUGCAAAGAAGGUCUAUGAUCAGAUGAUUGUGGAAAGGGCAGUCCCAUGUGUUUUGAUUUAUGACUAUCUAAUCCAUAUAUUUUGCCAACAAGGGUGUGUUCGUCAAGCCUAUGAGCUUAUGAAUGAGAUGAUUGCUCAUUGUUACUUUCCUGUUUCAUCAACUUUCAAUGUUCUGAUUAACGGGUUUUGUGAGCAAGGAAAAGUUGGUAGUGCGCUAAAGCUCCUCGAUGAGAUGAUUGGUAGAGGUUGUUUACCUGAUAUAGAAAGUUAUAGUCAUUUGGUAGGUGCUUUUUGCCAGAAGGGGGAUUUUCAGAAAGCUUUAAAACUCGUUUUGCAAAUGGUAGGAAAGGGUAUCACUCCUGAUUAUUUCACAUGGAACUCGUUGCUUCUUUGUUCAAGUCGAGAGACUGUAUGGUUAAACAGCAAAAGUAUGUUUUAUGUGAACAAUCAAUUACGUUGUAUUAUUGAGGCUUAACUACAUUCCAGGGUUAAUAGUACUGAAUGAAAUAUCCUGUUUCACAGUACUAUUGAGAGGUCACUCACUAUGUUCAGGUCUGUGGCUCAGUCCCUUUCUUAUCCCAAUACUGGUAUGCAUCUCUUUGUGAGUCCAAACCAAGCCCAUGUCAUCUCACUUGUCCACCACUUGUCGCAGAUUCCUCCACUUUGCUGAGGUAUUUUUAUAUUUUACAUGCCCUCUCUUCGUGUUUGUUUUCAUUUGCCUGGUCAUCAUAGAAAAGUUAGUGCCUUAGAUACAUUGUUGUUUCUCAUUGUGAUUUGUAUUCGCCAAUUUGUCAAUUGAAUUGGGUUUCCAAGAAAAGACUAAUUUGAUAGGGCUUUUGUCAAACUGUUGGUUGUUUAAGGUAAUUGUGACUUCUUUUCUGACUGUAGGAGCUAGUGGAUAAAUCAAUCUUGUAUACUGUCAUCGUUACAUAAUUUAGUUGGUAGAAUAAUGUUCAUAGAGUAUUUAAAGGCUUGAAGUUUAGCCUGGUUAAGGGAAGAAUCUUAAUCUACCUUCAAAGGAAUGAGUUUGGGAAUAUAUAUGUCUACUUCCAGUAUAUACUAUUGCUAGUCGUAAGUGACUGCUUGCAACACAAAGUGGAGGAAAAUAAAAGAAAUAAAAUAUGAAGUAUAGAUGUUGCUUUCAGUUUCUUUUGUUUUCAGCAUAUUUGACCUCUAAGCAAAUACUUGAGGAGGAAUACCCCAGAA